GUGUUCUCUCGUCUAAGUCACUUCAAAGGAACUAAUUCAAGAUGCACCCUUCAAGCGUAGUUUUCAUUGCGGCACUAAUCUCAGAGUGCUAUGGUCAUAUUGGUGGUGGAAGCGUGAAUCUUCAGGAGGUCAGUUCCCGAAUGUACUGCGGACGUACUCUUGCAAGAACAUUAGCUGUCCUCUGCUACGAUGCACCAUCCAGCCUUAAAAGAUCGGAAAGCGGAUCUAUGUAUAAUGCAAUCUUACCUCCGUACUACAAGGACCAGGCUACACAAGUCGAUUGGCCCUGGAUGACUACACAGAAAGCCAAGGCUUUUGGCCUAUCGUCUCGUGGCAAAAGAGAUUUUGUCGUUAGCGAAUGUUGUGAUAAAGCAUGCAGUAUCAACGAAUUGCUGUCCUAUUGCUAAAUCGAUAGAUCUCUGAAAGCUUUUAAUGGUCGAAUAUAGGUAUAAAAC